AUGAGUGUGAUUCACUGGACAAAUGUUAAUAAUGAAUCUCCAUCAAAAUUCAAUAGGCAAUCUUCAGAAACAUUGCCUCCUAUACGCAAAAGAAUAUAAAAGAGAAACGAAAAGGGUCUGUAGGAAACUACUUACAAGUCAUUAUAUAAAUAGAACAAACUAGCUGAAAUAGUAACUAAAGCCUAGAAAAGCAAUGAAGAUCUUUAUGAAGAGUAUGACGAGAUAAAGAUUCAAGGCAGCAUAUUAAAAAUCAAUGAUAACGUCAUAAUAAAAAAUGGUGAUCAUAAAGUCGAAGAUUAUGUUGGAACAAUAUAGAAAAUUUGUUCUGUUUUAGAACCAUAGACUAACAAGUUAAUUUGUCUGUGUCAAGUUUAAUGGUUCUUGAAAAAGAGUGAAAUUGUAAAUCAUAAGCCAAGAGCUAGAUGUUGGAUUGGAACUUAAGAAAUAUUUUCAACCAAAAAGAACGAUUAUAUUCUUGCCUAAACCAUAAUUUAGAAGUGCUAAGUAGUUAAUUGUGAUGAGUUUGUGAAUCUCGAAAACAGUGAUCUGACUACAUAUUAUAACAGACUUGAAUGGGAUGUUGAAAAUAAAAAAUUUACUAAUAUGAAUGAAAUCUAGUUGUACUGUCUAUGUCAAUAACCAUGGAAUCCUGAACUCAACUACAUUUAAUGUGAUAAAUGUCAGAAAUGGUACCACUUCGAAUGUGUGGAUUUGAUAGAUGGAUGUUAUGACGAUAAGGAGUAUAUUUGUGGAUAUUUCUUUCUUAUUAAACAUUUAUUUAACUUAUUUUAAAACAUAAGCAAACUUUCUAAGGUUAUGAAAAUUAGUUAGCUUAAAUUUAAAACAAAAAAGCCAAUAGGAUUAACACUGGAUUAUCUGGAAAACCAGUAACCCUAAAAAGAGAUACUUCCAGAAGCUUAAGAAAUAAAUUAAUUUGAUGAUAUUUUCAAUCAACAUCAACAAUAAUCACAAAAAAAAGAACUUUAUCCAUUGAAUCAAUCAAAAUCAUCGAAUUUUGAACACUGUUAAAAUGAUGAAUCAAGCAGUUCCAAACCUAUACACUUACCAAUCAACGAAGACGAUGACAAUGAAAAGGUUUAAAAGAUUAUUUUUGAAGAGUAUUAUCCAUAAAAUAAUGGAAAUAGAGAUAAUUCUGAGAAUACUCAAAUUUAAUAAGAGAACUUAUCAAAUAUUAAUUCUAAAUUGGUUCAAGAGCCUCCAGCACCUAAAAAUAAAGAUAAAGUCAAGUCAACUUUUCCACAAAAAGGAUCUUCUAUGGCAGGAUGUAAGUAUCUUUGUUUAUCAAAAGUGAAGAAAUAAAUAUAAAUUGCAAUUCCUGAAGUUAAACAAAAUAUCACUAGUUCAUAUGAAUAAACAAUGAUAAAAUAAUAAUAAAAAUAAAAUUAAAUGAAUGAUUUAGAAUUAAAAUCAUAAAUAUUUUAAUUGUAAAAUGAUAAAGAUAGGAUUAAAAAUUAGUAUGAACUUGAAAUCGUUGAAUUAAAUGCCCUUAUCUAAGAUUUAUAAACGAAAUUAGAAAUAGAGUAGGAAGAAUAAAUGCAGUUGAAACAAUAAAAUCAAAAAUUAUCAAAUCUUAUUUCAUAAAUUGAUAAUUAACUUAAUCAAAAGUAGGAUAAAGAAUAAUUAAGGUUUAGUCAUAACAAUAAUUUAAAUGAUAAAGAAAAAAUAUGUUAUUUAAUUGAAAAACUAAAUGUUAAAUCAACACAGAAUGCUAAAUUACAUUAUGAGAUAAUCAAAUUAUAAAAUAAUGUUGAAAUGCUUGAAACUCAAUCAAUUCUUAACCAAAACAAUGCUAAUUAAAACCAUAAUCAGGAUAAAUAAGCUAUCAAUUAAGUUCCACAAUACUUAGGUAUGGAAGUUCAACAACCUACCUAAAUUUAUAAUAAAAAAGAAAACAUAAAAGCAAGCGUCAUGAUGUAAUAGAAACAAUCAUUCUUAAACCUAAGUGCAAAUCACUCAUAAUUAGAUUAGAAUAAAAAUAUGAACUUUUCAAAUGUGAUAACACCUUAAGCCAACAAAAAUGAAGUAUCUACUUCAAUUCACAAAAAUUUGACUUUGCAUUAAACAAAAAAUGGCUAUUUCAAAGAAGAUAAUUUAUAGUAGAUUAGAAAAAUACAGUAUGAAAUCGAUAUUUUACUUAGAAGCACAAAAAACUCUACAUCUGUUGGUGAAUUGAAUAUUUUAAGAUAAGAUCCUACCAAUUAUUCAAAUAUAUUACAAAAUAUGAUGAAAAAGGCUGCUCCUAACUCGCCAAAUAAAUAUCUUCAUGCAACAUAAAAGUUUAAAGAGACCUUAGAUUCAAAAUUAAACAAUAUUUCUGAUAAAUAAAAAUCAUAUGCUAGUUUGCUAUUUUCAGGAAGCGAUUUGAAAAAAUCUAGAUACAAGGAUGCAUAUUGUAGGCAAUAUUCUCCUCACAUCAACGACGACAUUUAGUUUAAAACCAGAUAGUAAUUUCUGUUUUUUAAAUUAGACUAUUUUCAUUGA